AUGGGUUUUUCAAAUGAAGAGAUAUUAGCUGCGUUUAGACAAGCGCCUCUGGUGUUUGGGGUUUCUGAGGAGAAAAUAAAUGAGGUGAGGGAGGUUGUUCUUGCGACCGGCAAGUAUGAGCUUUCGUGCAUCCUUAAAAAUCCAAUAGCAUUUAUGCACAGCGUCGAGAAUAGGUUUAAGCCUAGGGUUAAGGUUUUGGGGGUUCUAGAGAGAGAGAGAGAGAAUUUGAUCGAAUGCUGGCCUAAUUUUGCGACUCUGUGUAGACUGUCGGAUAGGAAGUUCUAUGAGAAGUUUGUUCGACCUUAUUUGGACAAAGUUGGGAAUGUUUAUGAGGUUAGGAGUAGUGUUAGUGGAGACACGAGGUGA